CGGCAAUAACAACGACCGGACCGGUCCGGCGACGCUCCGGUUUUUCUCAAGACGCCAUGCCCGGCCUGUCGUUCGUGUUUCUGGCCGCUGUCGCGGCGUCGGCUCUCGGCCUCCCGAGGCAGGACGUCUCGCCCGCGGCCGGGCCCUGCCUCGCCCCGCUGCAGUGGGAGGGCAGGUGGGUGCUGUACGACCACAGCACCGGGAGGAACAGACGCGCCGCCGUUUCCUACGACGGCCUGAACCAGAGGAUCCGAGUCCUGCAGCAGCACAAGAAACACACCCCGUGUCAAAAGUUUUUUGAGUACAUCUACUUGUACCAGAGCAUGGUGAUGUUCCAGAUCGACCAGAAGACCAAGGACUGCUCAAAGAUCGCUCUGACGGAGGCCUGGGAUCCCUUCGACAUCCCCGACAACUCCACCUUCGAGGACCAGUACUUCAUUGGAGGCCCCGGGGACAACGUGGAGGUUCAGGAGUGGUCGGACAGGAAGCCGGCGCGCCAACAUGAGACCUGGGUGGGCGUUUACACCCUGAAGGACUGCUAUCCGGUGCAGGAGACCUACGCCAGGAACAGCAGCGUCACCACCUCCACCCGCUUCUUCAACCUCCAGCUCGGCAUCAGCGACCCCAACGUCUUCACGCCGCCGAGCACCUGUCAAUCGGCUCGGCCCGAGAGGAUGGCCGAGUCGGACUGCUGAGGCCUCACCCGCCCUCACCUUUGACCUUAGAUAUUUAACAGCGUUCUGAGACUGAGCCCCAAAUCAUUCCCCCGAUCAACUAGUCACGACUCCCUGUAGAUAUGCAAUAGUUUCUCUGUAGUGAGCAGUAAAUUAAGACUUCAGGCAUUUAUAAACCAUGGUCACUGUGCGUCAUCACUUACAGCUGUAGUGUUACCCGACUGUUAACUUUUGCACUAUAUAAAAACUGCACAUUGCAUUUUGGCAUUUUGUUUGCGAAAAAAAUAGUGUACAUGCUAUGGACUAUUCAUUCCCUUGCGGAUACUCUUUAGGCACAGUGCAGCGCAUACAUUUCACACUUAGAAUUCGGACACUCAGAUGAAAUUGCAUAUGGUAAAGUUAGUGCAAUGUAUCGUAAAAAGGGAGUGAUUUUGGACACAGCCUUUGUCUAGUGUUUUAUAGAAUUAUUUGUUAAUUUGCUGCUAAUUUGCUAAAACUGCUAUCAGGACCAGUGACUCCUGCUAACUGCAACCUGACAAACUAGCUCACAGAUAAUAGUACCCGCCGGCUAUGUUUACCAGAUGAUUGCCUUCAUGCUAAAAAGUGACUUUUAGUGUUGUUAUAUCACUCUCCAUUGCAACCAAUUGAUAGAAUUAACGUCCAGGCUACCAAGACAGCUUACAGCCAACAGUUGGAUUUCAGUGAAGCAUUCUGACUAUAAGCUACCGAGCGUUUGCUGAUUUCUUAGCUCACGACAGGCAUUUUGAUAAAUCUAAAUAAUUCCAUCAAAGAAAUGAAGUGCCUCAUAAACAUGAGCGGACAUGAAGUCAAAAUCACAGCCGUUAUGGUUUGUAGCUUAUUUGAGAUCCAGGCAUAUUUUCUCAGACAUGCAGUUUGAUGUGUAAUAGAGGGUUGCGAACAAUUUUACGCAUCAAUGGGGCU